AUGGUUGGUGGUGGUUACCGGAUAGGUAUGCAUCUGGUAACUUCUGCCCUAAGACUUUUUGAACCGAGAGUAGAUGAUGAUUUCAUUGAUCGGCUUCAUUAUCUGUACACCUCAACAAUGCUAUUUAUUUUCUCCAUUAUCGUUUCCGCCAAGCAUUAUGGUCAUCCAAUAGAGUGUUUUGUGCCAGCGCAAUUCACAAAAGCAAUGGAACAGUACACGGAGAAUUAUUGCUGGGUUCAAAACACUUAUUGGGUACCAUUCCAGGAUUUGAUACCUCACCGUUUGGAUGAUCGAGAACGUCGACAAAUCGGUUAUUAUCAGUGGAUUCCAUUUGCACUGGCUCUCGCGGCCAUCAUGUUUCAUAUGCCUGCGACUAUUUGGCGAUUGCUUAGCACACAGUCAGGAUUGGAUAUGUCUUUGGUAGUACAACUUGCAAGUCAAGACCAAAAUGUAGAUCCAUUAAUACGAGAUCAUUCGGUUGAGGUUCUUACUAGGCACAUCGAUGAUGCGUUAAAAUACCAACGUGAUUACGGAAGUCGUCAUAAAAGUGUUUAUUUAUUUGCUGUGCUUAAGUUGGGUAAAAUUUAUGGAGCUUAUGUAACAGUUGUUUACUUGUUCGUAAAAAGUUUGCAUCUAUGUAAUGUUGUCGUACAAUUUAUAAUGUUGAAUAAUUUUCUGGAAACAUCCGAUUAUCCAUUUUUUGGUGGUCAUGUCCUCUAUGACCUCAUCAUGGGUCGAGAAUGGCGUGAUUCUGGACGUUUUCCACGAGUAACUUUGUGUGAUUUUGAAAUACGGGUUUUGGGUAACGUGCACCGACACACAGUGCAGUGUGUUCUUGUUGUGAAUAUGUUCACAGAAAAGAUUUUCCUAUUUUUGUGGCUUUGGCUUCUGUUGCUGUCAUGUGGUACCGCUAUUAAUUUAAUUCUAUGGAUGUUAUCGCUAUCCCUCGCAGAUUGGAGACAUUCUUUUGUCACAAAAUUUUUGGAAUGCGAAUCAAAUCAAACACAUCGUUUUGUGCAUCAUUUCCUUCGUCACGAUGGUGUAUUCAUAUUACACAUGAUCGCUUCACAUGGUGGUAAUAUCGUGUGUGCUCGCCUUACCGAAUCCUUAUGGAUGAAAUUUUUGCAACGAAGCGGUAAGUUGACUGUGUUUGAUGUCGAGAAAGCAAUAUGUGCUGAAAAUCGACGAAAAAAUGAAAGUGGCAGUAAGCGUGUGGAUGAGGAAAGCUGGCGUGAACCUACCCUACCACCUCCAAUGCCUUUGCUACCUGCUCCUACUCAGUUUGUUUAA